GCCGCAGUGGACGGCGUCUCUCGCGCUGGACAUCGGGUUCCGAACAUCAUGGAUUUGUGUUCCGGUCAUGUUAUUGUUUGUGGACAACAACGGUGUUGUGGUUCUUGCUGAUGUGGUGAUGCUUCAUCAGAUCAUCAGGGAAUAUAAGACGAAAUGCAAAGCGUCUUGAUCUGGAGCAAGAAAACAUAGGCCUCGUUACACGCAUGUAACUUAAUUUAUGUUGUGGAUCCGAGUGCUGUCGAGUGUGCGCUAUCUUGUGGAUAUCCUUCAAGAUAAUGUGGAUAUUUAAUAAUGCACAGAGAGUGUUCAGUGAAAAUAUCUCCUCUACACUGGAGGCAGCGGAGGUUACGAAGACAAGUAAGGGUGAGCUCAAGUCUGGCCAGAUGAUGGCGCCCAUUACGUGAUGAAGAUACAUUUUCGCGAAGGCUGUGGUUUUCGUUGCAAGUGGACGCGAUGUUAAAUUCACAUUAAAUUUCAAGUUCCAAGGCCUGAAAUUAAAGUGAUUUAUGAAUUGUUUGUGAGUUAAAUUCGUUUCUUAACGCAUUUCAAUGCCUCGACAUAUGUUAAGAAACGACUGCAAGAGGAAUGUGUGUCAGAAGGUUAUCGCAUCGGUUCUGAGUGACAUUUUAACUCAAAAUAUAAUUUCCUCCCUUAAAACUUGUGCUAAUAUCCGUAAAGGAUCUCGCGCCGUUUAUUGUUUUCGCGUAAAGUUGGCACUUGUAUAAUUUAACGCAUUAGCAGGAAACUGGGAUCAGUGUUUUCGAUGCAGUCCGACACAAUAACGCAAAGAGUAACCCUGCCAAAUGUUUUGCGCUAAACGAUUUUUAACAUACAGGUUGUACGUAGUGAGAUAAGAAUAUAAAUUGGGUUAUGAGGAAAUGUGUUAAGUGUCCUCGUUACUAGACAGUCAUUAGACGCACUUGUGACGCUUAGUCUAAGCGUGCGCAAGGAAAAUGUUUGUACGUAAGAAGUCAAGAUUCAGUUAAUUCAGAGACUAGCGUCGUUGCAAGUUUCCUGUCUAACGAACUUCCAUUUGCUUUGGGAAAGUUUUGAAGGCUCUUUGUCUCGUAGGCAGGAUGGGCGAUUGUAACAACAUAAACGCGAGGACGAACUGACACGAUCAUGUCAAGAAGUGCCGGGUAAUGUCAACAUAAGCAUUAAUGGGGGUUUUUAUUAAUUUUCCCCGUACUGAUCUGUUUCCUUAUAAUUAUACCGUAAUGUAAGGUUACACAGUCCUAUAAAUGUUUCCUUCAAUUAACCAACAACAAAGAGAGGAAGAGACAUUGAAAAAUUAAAAAUGGCUAAUAUUUUUAUAGAUUUUUUAAAGCACCAUGAAACAUCUAAAACUGUUGAAGAGUAAUUUGAUUCAAACACACAAAAAGAAAGACAAUUAUCGAACGAGCGAUGCUUAAAAUAUGUUUCUGAUGCACACGGAACUGAUGUGAUGGAGAAUGACACAGUUUUGGUGAAUGUACCCUCAUUCAGCUACACGUGGUAGUAAUAACUUGGAUGGAAAGUAACCAGUGUAGCAUAAAUAUUCCCGUUGAUAAACCGGAAAAUAAACCAUCUGAGUUAAAUAUGAAUCUCAUGUGGAAAGAAGGAAAGUCUGUGGACACACAAAUAUGUGUACAAAAGCCAAUUGCAAUGUGUUCUGUGUUUCUUCAGCGCUUCUGUGCGUGAAACUGCUGAGUUUGUGGAAACUUCGGUUUUCUCGUAACAUGCGCGCGGAACUCACACAGGUCUCGUGACUUCCGCAUCCGACGGAAGGGACGAUUUGUUUAGACAGUAACAAAUACCUAAUGCUCCUCCUCGGUAAUUUAGAACUUGAUUUUGGAGCAACUGUCACCAAAACACAGUAAAGUUGAUGUUUCUUGAAACAGACGCUUAAUAAAAAAAUUUUAACUUUUGGAUUUGGACGUUAGCAUGAUACAAGUGGUGGUGCCUGCUGUGUACCAGGUAGCAGUGUUCAGAGGCGUCACUAAAAAGCGCGAAAACAUUGACGUGUAUGAACAAAUAGACCAGUGAGGUGAGUGUCAACAGUUGAAAGAAUGUUGCUUACCGAAGCUGAUGAGUGGGAGCUCCACAGUGGGACAAGAAUUUUAAUUUAUGAAUGUGUGUGCCUAUGUUUGAGUGAUAUUUGAUCAAAACUCUUCAAUUUGAAACAUAACCAUACCGUAGAGUUGCAAAGGCAAAAUAGGGUUACAAUUUCUCAUUCUGAAAUAAACGUGAAUAGUGAUGUUAUCGAUAAAUAAACCGGCAACGGUUACAGCCAAUUACGUAAAUAUUAUUAUUUCAUGUCAUUUAGUGGCAUGUGAGUGUAGGCUGUAAAAAUUUUAUAUAUUUUUUUUAGAAAUAUUUGUCAAAAACCGCCGACUGAAGCGCGUGUGCUUGUGGGGGGGGAUGUGAUUGACCUGUGGAAGGGGUAGAGAACGGACUGCAGCAACAUGCUGGACAUUUUUCGGGGGCUCAAGAACCUGAUCAAAGUCAGCCACAUCCACAUCGACUCACCAGUGUUCAGACUCCACUACAGCAUCACCGUGAUGAUUCUCAUCGCUUUCAGCCUCAUCGUCACGACGCGACAGUACGUCGGAAACCCCAUAGACUGUGUGCACACCAAGGACAUACCCGAGGAUGUCCUGAAUACCUUCUGUUGGAUUCAUUCCACCUACACACUCAAGUCGGCGUUCAACAAAACUGUGGGGAAAGACGUUCCUUUCAAAGGAGUUGACAAUUCUCGUGGGAAAACAGGCGACCAGAAAUACUACAGAUAUUACCAGUGGGUGUGCUUCUGCCUCUUCUUUCAGGCUAUCCUGUUCUACGCUCCCCGUUGGCUAUGGAAGAACUGGGAAGGGGGCAAGUUGCAUGCUCUCAUGAUGGACCUGGACAUUGGAAUCAUCUCAGAAGUGGAGAAGAAGCAGAAGAAGAAGCUUCUUCUGGAGUAUCUGUGCGACAACCUAACCUACCACAACUGGUGGGCGUACCGCUACUACCUGUGUGAGGUGCUCGCUCUGGUCAACGUCAUAGGUCAAAUGUUCCUGAUGGACCGUUUCUUCGACGGAGAAUUCCUCAUGUUCGGCAUCGACGUCCUGAAGUUCAUGGAGAGUGACCAGGAAGACCGCGUCGACCCCAUGAUAUACAUCUUCCCCAGGAUGACCAAGUGCACUUUCUACAAGUACGGGGUAUCCGGCGAGGUAGAGCGUCAUGACGCCGUGUGUAUACUCCCGUUGAACGUCGUCAACGAGAAGAUUUACAUCUUCCUGUGGUUCUGGUUCCUAAUUCUGGGGGUGCUAACCAUCGGGUGCGUUCUCUACCGCGUGGUCAUCAUCAUGAGCCCCAGAAUGAGAGUGUACCUGCUCCGGAUACGCUUCAGACUUAUUCGCUCCGAUGAUAUUCGGACAAUUGUGAGAUAUUCCAAGAUGGGCGACUGGUUCCUUUUCUAUAUGCUUGGCGAGAAUGUGGACUCAAUGAUAUUCCGUGACGUCAUGCACGAACUGGCUCACAGAGUUAGCCAGUACAGAGGUGCCAGAGGAACCAAAUCACCCAGAUCGCUCGGAAGUUGAACCUUCACGUGUCUGCACAUGCGCAGUUUGGAUUUUUUCUAAUUCCAAGAAAGAUCUGGGUUAUACUGGAAGAGCUCCUAAUAGUGGAGUGUUAUAUCUACUGAGGGCACCUGACACAACACAUAUAACAUACGAAUCAACAGAUGGAAGUAGCAAUGAAUACAGACUUGAAGAUAUAAUUUAUUCAGAAGAAGACAUGACAUUAAUCACUGACAGUGUUAUUAUGUGUUCUGUUAUACAUGUGAAAAAAUUUUGGCCAAAUGGAGUUGGACCAAGUAACAUAGUUGGAACAAAAUUAUGAACUUGCCUUAAAACAUUCGUUUACAAAGAGGAUAUUCUCUUGCGUCACCAACAUGUUGAAGCAGAUUUUCUUUGAACCACUGGAGAAUUUGCGUAAUCACUUUUAUCAUCUCUGUUUAAUCCUUUAAAGCACAAUGGUAAGUAUAAGCACCACCUGCUUUAACAUCCCAAAACCCUCCUUUUUAUCUACAGAGUUUACUUAUAUUCUCAGAGCACUCAGGGCUACGUGUUUCCCUAAAUGGCAUUAACUAAUUUGUCUUGUGCUGGAGAUGUAUUGUGCUUACUGAGAAGCAGAAGCUGAAUUUGUGAACAUUAUCUCUAUGAAGCUUACCCUGCCUGCAUGCAGAUGCUGGGACAGUUCACAACUUUGAGGUCGCUGAUGCAGCGUUCCCCGUAUGAAUUCGUCGGAAUUACUGUGGACGCCUCCAAAUUACUCGAAUUUUAUAAUUUACAAUGAAUCAAAAUUUGCGACCCUUUUCUCUAGCCACUGCUUCUAACUAUUCUAAAGUCUUCACACUCGUAUCACAUUUAUCAGAAGCACGAGAGGCCGAAACGUCUGACAGAGCGAUGCCUCUCCCAUUGCUUUCCACGUCCACUUUCUCACGCUUCAAAGGGGCGAAGCGCAAAACCCAACUUCUUGCCUCACGUGAAAGAGGAGACUUCAUGUUAGACCGUACGAGCAUGCGCAUUUUGGCCCCGUUCUGAUUGUCACGUGACUCAGUAGUGGGACAGAAUGGCUUAGGGGCAGACAACCCACCAGGGACGAGAAUUAGUCUCUUUGGUAGCAAUGCAACAUAGAGUCGAAUGAUGGGUUAGAAAGUCUUUGGAAGUGGUCGUUGCCUAAUGACGUUCCAUCCAGACAUUUACAUGGAGGUACUCGGGAAAGCCAAGGAAAGUCUUAGUGAGGAUAGACGGUGUAACCAACGAGAUUCGAAAUAUUACGUCUCCGCUACAGAGACCAACCGGUUAAUGCUGUUUAGGGAAACAGCCGCUGUAUAUUGUGAGAACCAUACGGAGUUAUGUGGUAAAGCAGGUGGUACAUAUAGUAACCACUGGGCUUUAAGAGGUUAAUACGGUGUUGCUCUUCCUAUUUUCUGAAAGAAGUAGAGAACAUCUUGACCGCGUAUGCAUUAAGUGACAUCCUGCUAACGUCUUUCUCAUGAACGAAACAGCACAGGAAUGCUUGACAUGCCGUUUUGGUGAGUCUGUGACGUCAUAUCAAAGUCAACAAUGUGAACUGUGACGAAAAGAAUGGGACGAGUCCGCAAAAAGCGUCUUGACAAAACAACGGGAUAUCCCAGUCAUUCCUUCACUCACUCACGCAUGGAGCUGAGUCCUUUUAGAGAAGUCACCAGUUGUGCAGCUAUUCAAGAACUUCCCAGCAUUUUAUGGAA